CGGAUCUGAGAGCUGUCGGUGGUUCCUGUGUCGGUGGUGAGGAUCAGCUGUAACGGGACUGUUUAAAGAUGCUGAUGUUUCUGCUCCUCGUUUUCGUUUCCCAGCAUGCCUCAGGGGUGGAAGUAGAGCAGGGGGUUGAGUCUGUCGUGCUGCCCUGUCAGGUACCAGUUAAUGUUUCCAUGAGCUCCACAGCAGCAGUGUGGGACCAAGAGGAACUGACGAAGCCAAUGGUUCACGGACGUGUGAAGAGCGGUGAUGAUCUUUCUCUUCAAAAUGAUCAUUACACCAACCGAACAUCAAUGAGAGCCGACGCUCUGCAGACUGGAGACCUCAGCCUUACUCUGAGGAACCCCACAGUCUCUGACAGUGGAACCUACACCUGCACCGCCCGCAAGCAAGGACAAGAGCUGAGCCGGACUGAAGUACAGCUGAAGGUCACAGAAGCUCCUCCAGUCUGGCCCAAAGUCCUCUCAGGUGUCCUGGGUACUCUUCUUCUCCUGACUCUUCUCUGUGGUCUCUGUGUGUAUUUUGAACAUAAAAGGAUGAAGCAGAGUGAAGUUCCUCAAAGCGAGUUUGUGGAGGUGACACAGGGGGUGAAGUCUGUCCUGCUGCCCUUUAAAACUACACCUGACCUUUCUGAGGACGUCACAGUGGAGUGGACUCGCACUCAACCCAAACUCAUGACGGUCCACGUGUAUGAGAGUGGAAACAAUCAGCCACAUAAACAAGACCAGGGCUACAGAGGUCGCACAGAGAUGAAGGAAGAUCCACUGACAACUGGAGACUUCAGUCUGACCCUGAAAGACUUCUACCUCACUGACAGUGGACGCUACACCUGCACCGUCUACAACAAGGAUGGAAACGUGCUGCUACAGAAAUCAGUGACUCUCGCUGUCAGAGUUCCUCCUCCAGAGUGGGUGGAGGCGUUGGUAGUGACCGAAGGAGAGGAGUCUGCCCUGCUGCCCUUUAAGACCACACCUGACCUUCCUCAGGACGUCAGAGUGGAGUGGACUCUCACUCAACCCAAACCCAUGAAGGUCCACGUGUAUGAGAGUGGAAACAAUCAGCCACAUAAACAAGACCAGGGUUACAGAGGUCGCACAGAGAUGGAUGAAGAUCCACUGAACACUAAAGACCUCAGUCUGACUCUGAAAGACCUCCACCUCACUGACUGUGGAGUCUACACCUGCACCGUCUACAACAAGGAUGGACACAUGCUGCUACAGAAAUCAGUGACUCUCACUGUCACAGUUCCUCAGACAAAGAUGUUGGAGGUAACACAGGGUGAAAGGUCUGUCCUGCUGCCCUUUAAGACUACACCUGACCUUCCUCAGGACGUCAGAGUGGAGUGGGCUCUCACUCAACCCAAAUCCAUGAAGGUCCACGUGUAUGAGAGUGGAAACAAUAAGCCAGAUAAACAGGACCAGGAUUACAGAGGUCGCACAGAGAUGAACGAAGAUCGAGUGAAAAAUAAAGACUUCAGCCUGACCCUGAAAAACCUCCACUUUACUGACCGUGGAGUCUACACCUGCACCGUCUACAAUAAGGAUGGACACAUGCUGCUACACAAGUCACUGAUACUCAGUGUCAGAGUUUCUCAGACAGAGGUGGUUGAGGUGACACAAGGAGAGACAUCUGUCCUUCUACCCUUUACAACCACACCUGACCUUCCUGAGGACGUCACAGUGGAGUGGACUCUCACUGAACCACAACAAAUGAAGGUUCACGUGUAUGAGAGUGGAAACAAUCAGCCAGAUAAACAGGACCAGGGUUACAGAGGUCGCACAGAGAUGAAUGAAGAUCCACUGAACACUAAAGACCUCAGUCUGACCCUGAAACACCUCCGCCUCACUGACUGUGGGGUCUACACCUGCACCAUCUACAACAAGGAUGGACACAUUCUGAUACAGAAAUCAGUGAUACUCAGUGUCAGAGAUGUUGGGAUGCAGAUGGUGGUUACACAAGGGCUAAAGUCUGUAAUGCUGCCCUUCAAAAUACCACGUGACCUUCCUCAGGGCACCACAGUGGAGUGGAGACACAACAGUGUGAAAGUCUACAAGUGCAAGUUGAUAGUUAUAAGUUGUUGCACAGAGCACCAGCCUCGCAGAGAUCGUGCCAGGAUGGAUGGAUAUCCACUGACAACUGGAGACUUCAGUCUGACCCUUAGAGACCCCCACCUCACUGACAGUGGAGUCUACACCUGCACCGUCAACAACACAUACAGAGACAUCCUGCUACAGAAAGUGGUGACUCUCAGUGUCACAGAUAAUGAAGUGGGCGUGUUGGAGGUGACACAAGGGGAGAGGUCUGUGCUGCUGCCCUUUCAAACCACAGCUGACCUUCGUCAGGGCGUCACAGUGGAGUGGACACGCUCAGACUCCAAACACACCAAAGUCUGCGUGUUUCAGAAACGCCAAAGCCAGCCAGACAAACAGCACCAGGGUUACAGAGGUCGCGCAGAGAUGGAUGAAGAUGCACUGAGAACUGGAGACCUCAGUCUGACCCUGAAAGACCUCCGCCUCACUGACAGUGGAGUCUACACCUGCACCGUCUACAACAAGGAUGGACACAUGCUGCUACAGAGAGUAGUGACUCUCAGUGUCAGAGCAACCUUAAAGGGAGCCAUGGCAGACAUGCUGGCACGUCUCAGGAGGAGGAGGGCAGCAAAAUCUGAGAUUAAAAUGGAAAAGAGGAACACGAACCAAGAACAGGAACGUCUGACUGCUGAAGAAACAGUCUGAUGAGGAGGAGGAGCUGGUGAUGAAGAGCAGCCUGAGGAACAAAGAUUCCGACUGGAGCACAGAGUAAAAACACAGAUGCCUCUGUUGUUAAACCAGCUGAUGGAUGAAGAGCAGACCCUGCUUUUGCUUUUCAACAAACAGCAGAGAAGAAUAUUAUGAUCAUGCAUGUACUUUUUAUCUAUAUCAGUGUGACCUGAACUGUAAUGUGAAUGUAAUGUAAUCAUGUUGCAAUCAGUAAUUGUAUGUAUUUAU